CUGUAUGUAUAUUAUGGAAAAGCACAGGGGUAGCACACAAUCACUCGAGGAUUGCUUUUGGGAGGCGUGGGCUUGCCUGUGUUCAUCAUCAACCCAUCUGAAAGUGUGAUCCAUCUUUGCUAAUUCAAAAUCGUCACUUGAUACAAUCAAAGAACUAGAAUUGAACGUGUUAUUGGCUUUAUUCUUGCCAUAUGGGGAAUACUGUUCUAUUCUCGCCUCUUGAGCACAAUGACAGAACAAUUUAGGAAUAAUAUGUACAGACUCAGAGAAGGGGCACAAAUGCAAGUUUUAGAGACGGAUCAUAUUAUUAUCUGUGGAGUUAAUAAUCGUCUGAGCUUCAUAUUGAAACAGUUAAAUAAGUAUCAUGAAUUUGCUGUUCGCCUAGGCACUGCUACGGCUAGGAGACAGCGAAUUCUUCUUCUAUCUGACCUUCCAAGGAAACAAAUGGACAAAAUUGCUGACAAUGUAGCUAAAGAUCUUAAUCAUAUUGAUAUUCUAACAAAAAGUUGCAGUCUAAGUUUAACGAAGUCAUUCGAAAGAGCUGCAGCUAGCAAGGCACGUGCCAUAAUUAUAUUGCCUACAAAAGGAGAUCGGUACGAAGUUGACACGGAUGCAUUUCUCUCUGUACUUGCUCUCCAACCUCUGCCGAUGAUGGCCUCUAUCCCCACCAUAGUUGAGGUUUCAAAUUCCAACACCUGUGAGCUUCUGAAAUCAAUUUCAGGAUUGAAAGUUGAGCCUGUGGAAAAUGUUACAUCCAAAUUAUUUGUUCAGUGCUCUCGGCAGAAAGGACUUAUAAAAAUAUACAAACACUUGCUCAAUUAUCGAAAAAAUGUAUUCAAUCUCUGCAAUUUUCCGAAUCUAGCAGGACUGAAGUACAAGCAAUUAAGACGUGAAUUCAAAGAGGCUGUUGUUUGUGGCCUUUAUCGGAGUGGAAGGAUAUAUUUUCACCCAAAUGAUGAAGAAGCUUUAGUGGAAACUGACAAAGUGUUGUUCAUUGCACCAGUACAUGGAGGGAAGAAACUGCAAAUCACAUGUUCAAAUGAUGUUGAAGAAAAUGAGAAUUAUAUUCAUCAUCAUGAAACUAAAGGGAACGAUGAAUUUUUUAGCCGUACAUUGGAUCUUACAAAAAAACGACUAGCAAACAUAGUAAAAAGACCAGCAAGAUCAGGGUCAAAGGCAUCGGAUUGGUUGCAAGGUCCAAAAGAGUGCAUUCUAGUGCUUGGAUGGCGCCCUGAUGUCAUAGAAAUGAUUGAAGAAUAUGACAAUUAUCUUGGACCCGGCAGUGUUGUGGAAAUCUUGUCUGAUGUUCCAUUGGAUGACAGAAACAAGGAAAGCAAGCUUGCUGGUCAAGGGAAACUUAAAAAUAUUCAAGUUUCUCAUAGGGUUGGAAACCCAAUGGAUUAUGAAACUUUACAGGAUACCAUCGUCAACUUUCACAGGUCCUUCAAGAAUGAUGAAGAUAUUCCCUUCUCUGUGGCCGUAAUAUCAGAUAGAGGGUGGCUAGUUGGAGAUUCAUCAAGGGCAGACAAGAAUUCUGCAUAUUCUCUUCUUCUUACUGAAAAUAUCUGUGGUAAACUUGGAGUGAAGGUGCAAAAUCUUGUUGUUGAAAUUAUUGAUUCAAAAUUAGGAAAACAGAUAAAUAGAAUCAGACCGUCCCUGACUUAUAUUGCUGCAGAGGAAUUAAUGAGCUUUGUAACAGCUCAAGUGGUGGAAAAUAGUGAAUUGAACGAGGUUUGGAAAGACAUUCUGAAUGCAGAGGGAGAUGAAAUAUAUGUAAAGGACAUUGGCCUCUACAUGAUAGAAGGGGAAAAUCCAUCAUUUGCUGAGCUCACUGAAAGAGCACAUCUAAGAAGAGAAGUUGCCAUUGGUUAUGUGAAAAGCAACAAGAAGGUUAUAAAUCCAAUUCCCAAGUCAGAACCUCUAUCUCUUGAACUCACAGACUCGCUGAUUGUGAUAUCUGAACUUGAAGGAGAACAGCCAGUAGUUAUGUAAAAUCCCUUUAUUAUCAUUAUUAUUAUUAUUAUUAUUAUUAUUAUUAUUAUUAUUAUUAUUAUUAUUAUUAUUAUUAUGAGGUUCUUUUUACUGAUACUGAGAAGUAGAAAUUAAAAUUUAUUGUACAGAGUUCAGGAAAAUGUAAAUUCAGGGAUUAGUUACAUGUUGAAAAUUUUCCAUAUGGAAAAUUGAUUAUUUCUGAUUUUUUGAA